CCGGUGCCGGUGUUCCCACCAGUCCCUGGGGCUACGAUCAGCUGUCAGCUUCUAACCACGCCCUCUUCUGCGUCCGUCGGCCAAUCACAGGCGCCGAUGCUGGCAGGUGCGGGUGUUAUUGUUUUGGGCUAAAGUUAAAGGCCUCAGAGAAGGGAGAGGAUCCCGGGCCCCCCCGGUGACAGCACACGACACACCCCGGGGAGUGGAGCUCCAGCCACAGCCGGACUGCUGCGUUUCCCCGAGCUCCGGGGCACCUGGUCACUGCUGCUGGGACAGGCGACACCCCUGUCAGUACUCGGCGGAUCCAGGACACAAAGGGGCUCAGCACCCCAAGAGCGCCCGCAGCCGCCUCCAUGCGGAGAGAGAUGAACGGGGUGACCAAGAGCCGGUUUGAGGUGCGACAUGUGAACUGGAUGUUCUCAAACAAUGAUGAGGCUCUAAUCAAUAAGAAGCUUCCCAAGGAGCUUCUGCUCCGGAUCUUCUCCUUCUUAGAUGUUGUAACCUUAUGUCGAUGUGCUCAAGUCUCUAGGGCCUGGAAUGUCCUUGCGCUGGAUGGAAGCAACUGGCAGCGAAUUGACUUGUUUGACUUCCAAAGGGACAUUGAGGGUCGUGUGGUAGAGAAUAUAUCAAAGAGAUGUGGGGGCUUCCUGCGCAAGCUCAGUUUACGUGGAUGCAUUGGUGUAGGGGAUAAUGCUCUAAGAUCAUUUGCCCAGAACUGUAGAAAUAUUGAGGUUUUAAAUCUAAAUGGCUGCACCAAAAUCACUGACACAACCUCGUCUAGCCUCAGUAAAUUUUGCUGUAAAUUGAAACAUUUGGACCUGGCUUCAUGCACAUCCAUUACUAACCUUUCCCUCAAGGCUCUCAGUGAGGGCUGCCCCCUGCUGGAGCAACUCAACAUCUCUUGGUGUGAUCAGAUCAGCAAGGAUGGGAUCCAGGCACUGGUAAAGGGCUGUGGGGGGCUGCGGUUUCUGUCCCUCAAGGGUUGCACUCAGCUGGAAGAUGAGGCUCUUAAGUGCAUUGGAUCACAUUGUCCAGAGCUUGUCACAUUAAAUCUACAGGCAUGUUCACAGCAAAUAACGGAUGACGGUCUCAUCACGAUUUGCCGUGGAUGCCACAAGCUGCAAUCUCUCUGCGCCUCCGGCUGCUCCAACAUCACAGACUCCAUUCUUAAUGCACUGGGACAGAACUGCCCCCGACUCAGAAUACUUGAAGUAGCUCGAUGUUCACAGCUGACAGAUCUUGGGUUCACCACUCUUGCUAAAAACUGUCAUGAGUUGGAGAAGAUGGAUCUCGAGGAGUGUGUACAGAUAACAGACAGCACCCUCAUUCAGCUCUCCAUACACUGUCCACGGCUGCAGGUGUUGAGCCUAUCCCACUGCGAGUUAAUAACAGAUGAAGGGAUCCGCCACCUGGGCAAUGGUGCUUGUGCCCAUGAUCGGCUGGAGGUCAUAGAGUUAGAUAAUUGUCCUCUGAUUACUGAUGCAUCCCUGGAGCACCUCAAAAGCUGCCAGAGUUUGGAACGUAUUGAAUUGUACGACUGCCAACAAAUUUCAAGGGCUGGCAUAAAGAGGCUGCGGACACAUCUCCCCAACAUCAAAGUCCAUGCUUACUUUGCUCCAGUCACACCCCCUCCGUCAGUAGGGGGCAGCAGGCAACGGUUCUGCAGAUGCUGUGCCAUCCUAUGAGAAGAGAGACACUUUUGGACUCCCUCCACCACACCUGUGUGGGGUCAGAGGUGGACUCAUUCACAAGACAAUGCGCCAGCUUACGGAGUUGAUGGUGGGUGGAGGUGAUACUUCCCUCCCAUAUGUAAGAACGCACAUGCCCACUACAGACAAGGCGGGGUCCUUUAACCCACACAAGUUCUUCUUAUUCAUUUUUUUUUUUUGUUACGUUAUCCAGACUGAUGAAAAACUGAGAGAAAGGUAACACUCCAGGAUAUUACCCCUCAACUUAGGAAUGGGGGGAAAUUUACAAUUUGGUGGUUUGGACCUAUGUCACCUAGGCCUUGUUCACCUAUUUCUCUCCUGUGGUUAAAGGGCAACCCUGUAAGGAAGAGGGAGGGGGCAGCUGUAAUCAGGAGAUGGUUUUGUCCUUUCUCUCUGGUUCUGAUUUGGUUUUGGACGCGGUUAUCCCCUAUAGUUCCAGAGGAGAAAAUGUGGACUCGGGAGCAAUGAUUAAUAUACGAGGACCUAGAAAUCUAACUGCUCCAGCUCUGACUUCCACAUGUAUCCCUCACACUGCAACAGGGAAUCUGAAGCGGGCACCCUCCUUGGACCCUUCUUGCCCUUCCCCAUGUUGCACAUCUUGGACUUUCUGAAUCAUCAUAAUGCAUUCCCCGACAAAUGAAAUUGAAAAUGGGAGAAAAAAAAAAAAAAGUUACAAGAAAUGAGUUAUAUAUUAUAUAAAUAUAUAUAUAUAGACUUUGUACAUUAUAAUUUUAAUGAUAUGAUGGGAUGCUCCCUCCUCACACUCGCGUGGAUGUGAUAAUGAUGCCAAUUACAGAAGUAAAAAUGGAGAAAAAAAGAAGCCACAUGACCAGUUACUAACUGUCUUAUUGCCUGUGUAUGCGUGUGACUUUGUGCGGUCAAGGAUUGCGACAUUUUUGUAAUUGAACGUCCGUACAAUAGCUGCAGAUCGCAGCUAACUGUGGGUCUGUAGACUCAAACUAACACGAGGAUCUGUGAUACUGUAAGUUUGGAUCGUUAGACCUGUGGUCAGGCUGGGAUUUGUGACUGUCGGGGCUCUUUCACAUGAGCAAGUUUUCCAUGCGGAUGCGAUGCAUGUAUUGAGCACAUAACAUCCGCAGUGAACCCUGACCCAUUCAAUGGAUCUGUGCACAUGAGCAUCGUGUUUCACACAUCAUCUUUGCGUUCAGGAAAAAUUGCAGUACGUUCUGUAUUGUGUGGUUUUUUUUUUCACGCAGCCCUGGCUCCAUAGAAGUGAAUGG